AUGAUUGAUCCAACAACAACAACAACCAUAAAUGAUACAGGCGGUGGUGGUGGUGGCGACGGUGGCAAUAGCCAUACAUCAAAUAGAAAUACGAAUCCAUUUAUACGUCCAAGAAUAUUAUUAACCGGUUUACGUCGUUCAGGUAAAACAUCAAUACAACGUGUUAUAUUUACAAAAAUGCAACCAUCACAAACACAAUUUCUUGAAUCAACACCACAUUUAACAUUAAAUCAAUUUUCAUGUGGCUCAUUUAUUAAUUUUCAAGUACAAGAAUUGCCCGGUCAAUUACCAUUAUUUUCAUCAGGACCUAAUAGUGGUAGUGGAGGAAAUCAUGUUCAAGCAUCAUCUUAUGAUGAUGAUUCAAUGACAAAUAUAAUGGGUGGUAAUUAUGAUUUAGAACGUUUAUUAAAACGUUGUAAUGCUGUUGUAUAUAUAAUUGAUGCUCAAGAUGAUUAUACUGAAUCAAUAUCACGUCUAAAUACAAUUAUACAAAAAGGUAGACGAAUUAAUCCUCGAAUACGAUAUGAAAUAUUUAUACACAAAGUUGAUCAAUUAUCUGAAGAAGCUAAAAUAGAAACACAACGAGAUAUUCAUAAUCAGGUACGAGAUCGUUUUGCUGAUCCUAUUAGUGGAGUAGAUUCCUGGUCGCCAACAUCCCAUAUGUCUAAUUCAAAUUCUCAAGAUAUUCUAAUAAAUUUUCAUUUAACAUCCAUAUUUGAUCAUUCAAUAUUUGAAGCAUUUUCAAAAGUAAUACAAAAAUUAAUCCCACAAUUUGCCCAUUUAGAACGUUUGCUCAAUUAUUUAUUAUCAACAUCGAAUAUUGAACAAGCAUUUUUAUUCGAUGUUCAAACUAAAAUAAGUAUUGCAACUGAUUCAUCACCCACCGAUAUGCAAAUGUACGAAUUAUGCUGUGACAUGAUUGAUUUAUUAAUAAAUAUGAGUGAAAUAUACGGACAACCAAGUGAAAAUAAUAUGCGAAGAUUAACUGAUGAUGACGAUGAAGAUGAAGAUGAAUAUCUUAAUGAAGAAUAUGAAAAUAAUCAGGGUGAUAAUACUGAACAACAGGAAUGGAAUCUUGUAGCUCAAAAUGAGGAUUAUAAUGAGAAUAAUAUUCAAAUAAAUGGUUCAAGAAAAAAUUCAUAUUUAAAUAGUCCUUUAGGUACACCACCAGUUAUGAAUCAUCAACCGUCAACAUUACUUGAAACAACAAAUGAACCAGCAUCAGCUGUGUUUGAUUCAAUGUCAUCCAGUAUUAUUAAAUUAACCGGUGGUCGAGCACUUUAUCUCAAAGAAAUAAAUCGUCAUUUAGCAUUAAUAUGUAUUUUACGUGAAGAAGCACUUACAAAACAAGCUCUUAUUGAUUAUAAUGUCAGACAAUUAAAAAAGUCUAUUAUAAAAUUAUUUCGUUUAAACUAUCAACUAUCUCGACCUCUUAUUUCAUCAUCGAACAUAGUUGAAUAA